CACACACAUCUUACAGUUAACCAAGGUAAACUGAUACCCCCUCAACACAGUUUGGUUAGGUUAGUAGCCAAAAGCCCUGUAAUUAAAUAAUUACAGAGACAAACAGACACAUGCGCCACCAAUUAUGUUUCAAAUAAAUGAAUAUUUAAUGUGAAACAGGAGUCUUGUUUGAGGGGUUAUUUGCGCAUACGUUCACUCCCUGUGAGGGAUUCGACCUGAAUGCACACGGCUCAAUUACAGGCCGCUGGCUUUGGGACAGUAUUCCAAAACUUUCUUCCAAAAAAAAAAAAAAAUCCCUGGACUUGUGGGGAGGGGUGCUGUGAUUGGCUGAAAGCACGCGACACGCGCACAAAAAGGAGGAGACAGAGCGAGCAGCGGAAUUUAAAGAGUGCGCUGAGAGAUUGAAGAGAAGAGGAACUGGGGAUCUGCAACAGAUAAAGAGAAGCGACCUGAAGCGACAACGCUGCCCUAUCAGCUGUUGAAGAGUUUACAGUGCAUAUCUGCUAGAAUAGAUUUAGUGGCCGUAUAACUGCGCAUACAUUGCGGUGUUAAAUAGUAUUUAUUGUGUGACUUUCACGCUGUUACUGGCCUAACUUGUAUUUACACUGUUCUGCGAAAGAAAAUGUCACUAGCAAAUGCAAAACUGUCUCUGUUGGACUGGACAGAAGGGAAUGUAGAGGAGCGUCAAUCUGAACACCUGAAGUUUUCAGAAGUACCCAGACUGGCGAGCAGUGACCCCCGAAGCUGGCUCAACUCCACUUUGCAAGCAGCAAGCCCCGGGUACGCGCCGUACCCCUCCACUAGCGGGUCGGUGUCUGCAUUAUUCAACCACGAAUCCAUGGAGGAGGACUAUGAAAAGAUGAUCACCGGCAGCAAGGUGUCAGGCACCACGGCCCUAACUGAGCAAAACCUCGCGCCUUUCACCGGCCCGCAGAAGCACAGGAGGGUCGCGGCUAAUGCAAGAGAGAGGCGGAGGAUGCACGGUCUCAACAGGGCUUUCGACCAGCUCAGAAGCGUCAUCCCGUCCAUGGAAAACGAGAAGAAGCUGUCCAAGUACGACACCUUGCAAAUGGCGCAGAUCUACAUCAACGAACUGUCAGAGCUGCUGGACAAUCUGAAUGAAAGCGAGUGCAGCAGCCCCGGGACCCAGGGGAGAAGAUGCAGCGUGCAGCAAACCUGCUCCCCCGGAGGGGUCGGGGGGCUCGGCGGGAGCUUCCCGCGGGAUCCCCCGACUUCUUCGGCCAGGUUUUCCCAAGAGAUCCCAUCCUCAGCCGGACACUUGAUCAUCCUUUCUAACCCCAAAUCCGGAUUGGGGAAUGACAGCAAUUGCAAGAUGAGCUCGUCCAACGGCAGUGAUGGAGAGUCUUCCCAUUUCAGUGACUGCGAGGACGGGCACACGGACAGACAUUAGACCGGGCACACAGGGUCCGUUUCUGUCAGCUGCAGUCCUGUGGACUAUAAUGGGCUGGCGCUGGUGGGACAAAGUUAACCAGCCCGACAAAAGUGUGGUAGAAUGGAUUAAACUAAACGUUCUUUAUUGUACCACAUGCAUGUGCUAAAAAAAUAUUUCAAAAACCUUAUACCGAGUAAAAAAGGUAAACGUUUGUGAAAUUCGAGGCGGCAAUUAAGUCUAGCAACAGCUACAAAACAAGCAGCAUUUAUUCUCAUUAUUAACAACCAAAAUACGUCCUACUCAGGGUCUGAAAUGGGGAUGACAGUCCUACCCACUCAGCUGGAAACUUUUUUUUUUUUUACAUUUAACUUUUGUAUAAAUAAAGCCAUGUAACCUUUAUACACACUUUAUAUAUUUUUAACUUAUAAUGUUAAUUGUAAAUUAGGUGGGCGUUUUAUAGCACACGCCCAUUAACUACGUAAUACUCAACAGUGCUAAAUUGAGAGACACUAAGAAAUGUAAUUAAUUCAUAAUUCAUUAAAGCCCUGAAGAGCAUCUCUGUGUAGGGGUGUUGAUUUUGUAAAACAAAACAAAAAAAAAUGGAAAUAUGAUAAAAUGCAGCAGUGUGUCCAUGUUGCACAGUAAAUGCUUAUAUAUUUACAUAAAAAGAAUACUGUAAAAAACGGAACAUUUGCAAAAGUUAAGCUGUUUUUCCAUUAAAUUAUACACAUUUUCCUUACUUUUUCCCUAUCUUUGAUCACCACUGACAUAAUAUACUGUUUUUUUUUAUAAGCAGUGUAAUUUAUAUUUUUUUUAUUAAAUUCAGGAGAGGUACAGUAGUUGCACUUUUUAAUUCAGAACAGUCCCUAUCUGUUGGGAGGAAUUCUCAGAUAGGUCUUUUAGAUCUUAUAUAUUGCUUUAUGUCUGCAGGAUAUCUGUAUUUUUUAUUUCCUGUGAUUAUUAUUUU